UCUGCAUCCACCAGACAGCCUUAGCGUCUUGUCAGCUGGGGAGUCACCUCUGGAGAAGCAGGCAUUCACUUUGCCUGAGCCCCAGGCUGAAGCUGAGCCUUCUCUGCUGGGGCACCGGAGUCCAGACGACUCUCCUCAGACACCUGCCAAGGGCUCUCCCUAAAGGAGAGUGAUUAGCUGACUGGAUGGAAUCUAGUGUUGGGGUCCUGGGCCUGUGGGUCCCUCUGCUGGCUGUCUUCAUGCUGGAGGUCUGCCAGACACACCCCAUCCCUGACUCCAGCCCUCUCCUCCAGUUUGGAAGUCAAGUCCGGCAGAGGUACCUCUACACAGACGAUGACCAGGACACUGAAGCCCACCUGGAGAUCAGGCAGGAUGGAACUGUGGCAGGCGCUGCACACCGCAGCCCAGAAAGUCUCCUGGAGCUCAAAGCCUUGAAGCCAGGGGUCAUUCAAAUUCUGGGUGUCAAGGCCUCUAGGUUUCUUUGCCAACAGCCAGAUGGAACCCUAUAUGGAUCUCCUUCCUUCGACCCUGCUGCCUGCAGCUUCAGGGAGCUGCUGCUUCAGGAUGGGUACAAUGUAUACCGGUCUGAGGCCCGUGGCCUGCUCCUCCGCCUGCCCCAGAGGAACUUGGCAAACCAGGGUCCAGCAUCCCGGGGACCUGUGCGCUUCCUGCCCAUGCCUGGCCUGCUCCAAGAGCCCCAAGAGCCACCAGGAUUCCUGGCCCCAGAGCCCCCAGAUGUGGGCUCCUCUGACCCGCUGAGUAUGGUAGAGCCUUCACUGGGCCAAAGCCCCAGCUAUGCUUCUUGAAGCCCUCUGAUUCCAGGAACAUUUCUUUUUGGGUUUCCUCUUA